UUCUAAUCUCCCCGCUCUAUUUUUAUACUUCUAUAAUCAUCCAACUUCUCUUUUAUGUUGAUUGCAGAUGAACCAUGAGUUGUUUCUGCUUCUACUUUGAAACAUCUAGGGUUUUGAUUGGAUGAACCCAGAUUAUUAGUUUGUCAUGAGAUUGGGUUACUAACCUCCUUUUCUCCUCACAAUGAGAUAUUGGUUCAGGUGGUAAUGGAGAGUGGUGGUGAAGCGAUGGACGAUCAUUGUCCUAGAUGGGUGCCAGUAAAAAAGAAGCAUAGAAGUGGCUCAAAGUUCUCGGUUCAGAGUUGGGCUGGAGGAUUUUCAGGAAAGAAUGGCUCUUGUUAUCAGCUUCCUAUGUCUUCUGUGGGUGAAAAAUUUUCAAAUUUGGCAGGGAAAGAUAGAUCUGAGCUUUCAAAAGGUGCAAAGAAUUAUGCAUAUGUGCCGAAUACAGAUGACAAUGUUAUAGCCAAUUUUGAGAAACCACCUAAUUUGGAAAAAACCAAAGAAAAUGGAAGUCCCCCUAAGCUUGUAGAAUCACAUGUUUUCCAGAACAGUGUUGUGGCCGAGGAUAAUUUGGAAGUUCAACAAAAGGAUGGGACUGAAACCGUUCCCAAGAUCAGGUCUGGUGAUAUUGAUGAUGGUCACAUGUUGGUAUUGUAUCCUGAAGGUAUGCAUGAAGGAAAUGUAAAAUCUUCGGACAGUGAGAAUAGCAGUUUGGUGAAUAUGAACGACGAAUCUGGUGUUGAGGUGAACUUUCAGGUCCCUGUAUUGGUCCAUGAGGUGGAUGAUUCAGGAAUUCAAGAGUUACCAGAUAUCAGCGAAGUGUCAUCUCUUAGUUCAAGUGAUUGUGUGUCCUUUUAUACUGAGAAGAGUGACAACGGAAUCUCUGGAGAAGAUCGUAAUCAGUUUAAGCUUGAACCUUAUGAAGAAAAUGCAUCCGAGCUUUCUACAUCUCUUUCAGAAAAAUUGGAGUCGCCCUUUGUCUUGGAAGGAAAUGAGCUGGAAAAGGAGCUAGAAGUUUCCGAGUCACAAGUAAAACUACAUGAAUCAGACAUGUUGCCUCUCAACUUUAAAGAAGAUGAAUCUAGGAUUGAUGAGUCGCUAAUUACAGAUGAAAAAUUAGUAACAGUGGUUGAUCCACAAUUGCUUCUCAUUUCAAAAGGAGAUGAGUUGAGAGUUCUCCCGUCACCGGAUACCGCUGAAAAAUUAGGUGUGGUAGUUGAGCCUCAGCUGUCUGAAGAAUAUGAGUUGAGAGCUGAGCCACCUAUUGUAGUUAAAAAAUCAGAAGUUAUGGUUGAGUCUCCAUUGCUGCUUACCUCCAAAGAAGCAGACUUCAUAAUACCUGAAUUAUCUACUACACUUGAAAAAUCAGGAACGAAGAUUGAACCUUCAUCACCUUUAGUUCAUGAAGAAAAUGAGUUGAGAGUUCCUAAAUCACCUGUUACACUUGGGGAAGUAGAUCUUGUUGAAUCUCAUUUCCCGUCUAUCUCUAACAAAAGUUAUUUGAGAGUUGCUGAGUCCCCUAUUGCCAUUGAAAAGACAGAUUUUGUGGCUCAAUCUGAAAUACCUCUUAUCUCUAAAGAUAAAGAGUUUAGAGUUUCUGAGUCAUCUAUUACCAUUGAUAAAUGUAGAACUAUGGUUGAACCAUCAAUGCCUCUAAACUUCAAAGAAAAUAGUGUUUCUGAAGUUAAUGAGUCAAGAAUUUCUAUUCCACAAGUUAUGGUGGCUGACCCAGAGUUGCUUCUCAAGUAUAAAGGAAAUGACCUGAGAGCUCUCCAAUUUCCAAGUACUAUUGAAAAAUUAGGCGUGGUAGUUGAGCCUCAGGUGCCCCAAGAAUAUGAGUCAAGAGAUGAGUCACCUAUUGUUAAAAUAUCUGAAAAUAUGGUUGAGUCUCCAUUGCAUCAUACCUCCAAAGAAGCAGACUUCAGAGUUACUGAAUUGAUUGCUAACCUUGAAAAAUCAAGAAAAGAGAUUGAACCUUCAUCACCUCUAGUCCAUGAAGAAAUCGAGUCGAGAGUUCCUGAACCACUUGUUACAAUUGAGAAAGCAAAUUUGGCUGUUGAAUCUCACUUUCUUUUUGUCUCCGGAGAAAACGAUUUGAGAGUUGUUGGGUCCCCAGUUGGCAUUGGACAAGUAGAUAUUGUGGCUGAAUCUGAAUUACCCCUUAUCUCCAAAGAAAAAGAGUUCAAAGUUUCUGAGUCACCUGUUACAAUUGAGAGAUUGGGAACUAUGGUUGAACCUUCUUUUCUUCCAAGCUUCAAAGAAAAUGAGUCACGAGUUACUAAAGUUAAUGAGUCUAGAAAUUCUGUUUCACCAGUUACGGUGGUUGAUCCACAAUAUCUUCUCAUGUCUCAAGCAAAUGAGUUGAGCGUUCUCCAAAAUCAAGGUACUGUUGAAAAAUUAGACGUGGUAGUUAAGCCUCAGAUGCCCCAAGAAUAUGAUUCGAGAUUCGAGUCACGUGUUGUUCAAAAAUCAGAAAAUAUGGUUGAGUCUCUGUUGCCUCUUACCUCCAAAGAAGUAGACUAUAGAGUUACUGAAGUGUCUGCUACACUAGAAAACUCAAGAACAGAUAUUGAAACUUCAUCACCUCUAGUUCCUGAAGAAACUGAGUUGAGAGUUCCUGAAUCACCUAUUACAAUUGAGAAAGCAAAUUUUGCUGUUGAAUCUCAGUUCCCUUUUGUCUCUAGAGAAAAUGAUUUGAGAGUUGUUGAGUCUCCUGUUGACAUUGGAAAGGGUGAUAUUGUGACUGAAUUUGAACUACCUCUUACCUCUGAAGAAAAAGAGUUCAGAGUUUCUGAGCCUCCUGUCACAAUUGAGAGAUCGGGAACUAUGGUUGAACUUUCUUUGCCUGUAAGCUUCAAAGAAAAUGAGUCAAGUGUUUACGAAGUUAAUGGUUCCAUAAAUUCUGUUUCACCAUUUACGGCGGCUGACACACAAUAUCUUAUCAUGCAUAAAGGAAAUGAGUUCAGAGAUCUGCGGUUUCCAGGUACUGUUGACAAAUUAGGCAUGGUAGUUGAGCCUCAGGUGCCUAGAGAACAUGAGUUGAAAGCUAAGUCACCUGUUGCAGUUAAGAAAGAACAAAUUAUGGUUGAGCCUACAUUGUCUCUUACCGCUGAAGAAGCAAAUUUCAAAUUUUCUGAAUUGUCUGCUACACUUGAAAAGUCGGGAAUAGAUAUUGAACCUCCAUCACCUCUAGUCCUCGAAGCAGUCGAGUCGAGAGUUCCUGAAUCACAUGUUACAAUGGAGAAUACAGAUAUGGUUUUUAAAUCUCAUUUUCCUUUCGUAUCCAGAGGAAAUGAUUUGAGAGUUUUUGAGUCCCCAGUUGCCAUUGGAAAGGCUGAUAUUGUGACGGAAUCUAAGUUACCUCUUAUCUCCCAAGAAAAAGAGUUCAAAGUUUACGAGUCACCUGUUAAAGUUGAGAAAUUAGGAACUGUGGGUGAAUCUUCUUUGUCUAUAAGCUUCAAAGAAAACAAGUCAAUAGUUUCUGAAGUUAAUGAGUCCAGAAUUUAUGUUUCACCAGGAAUGAUGGUCGACUCACAUUCUCUUCUCAUGUCUAAGGGAAAUGAAUCAAGAGUUCUCCAGUCGUCAUGUACUAUUGAAAAAUUAGACAUGGUAAUUGAGCCUUAUGUUCCCGAAGAAUAUGAGUUGAGAGCUAAGCCACUUACCGAAAUUAAAAAAGCAGAAAUUAUGGUUGAGUCUCCAUUGUCUCUUACAUCCAUAGAAGGAGACUUUAGAGUUGUUGAAUUGUCUGCUACAAUUGAAAAGUCAAGAACAGAGAUUGAACCGCCAUCACCACUAGUCCCCGAAGAAAAUGAGUCGAGAUUUCUUGAAUCACCUUUUACAGUUGAGAAAGCAGAUCUGGCUUUUGAUUCUCAUAAUCCAUUAGUCUCCAGGGAAAAUGAUUUGAGAAUUGUUGAGUCCCCGGUUUCCAUUAGAAAGGAAAAUAUUAUUGAUGCGUUUGAGUUACCUCUCAUCUCUGAAGAAAAAGAGUUUAGAGUUUCUAAGCCACCUGUUACAAUUUUGAAAUCAGAAACUAUGGUUGAACCUUCCUUUCCUCUAAGCUUGGAAGAAAAUGAGUCAAGAGUUUUUAAUGAACCUAUAACAACUGAGAAAGCAGACAUGAUGGUUAAAUCUGGGUCCCCUCUUCCGUCCAAUGAAAAUGUUUUAGAAGAUCCCAUGUCAUCAGUUACAACUGAAAAAUCAGACCUUAUGGUUGAAUCUCAGUUGCCUAUUUUCUCCAAGGAAAACUAUUCAAGAGCUUCAGAUUUUCCGUUUAGGGUUGAGAAAUUGGACACACUAGUUGGAUCUCAGUUGCCUCUUAUCUCUGAAGAGAAAAAAUCUAGAGCUUCCGAGUCUCCGGUUAUAAUUCAGAAAUCAUACAUUGUGAUUGAAUCUCAGUUGCCUCUCACCUCCAAAGAAAAUGAGUUGAAAUUUUACAAAUCUCCUAUUACAAUGGAAAAACUAGAUAUGUUUGCUGAAUCUCACGUACCUCUGAUCUCCAAAGACAAUAAUUCAAGAGCUCUGGAGCCACUACGUACGGUUGAAUUAUCAGACAUUGUUUCUGGAUCUCAGUUUCCACUUAUGUGUGAGGAAAAUAAGUUGAGUGUUUCAAAAUCACAGGUUUCGUUUGCUAAAUCCGACGUAUUGUUUGAAUCUCAUAUUCCUCCAAUCUCUAAAGAGAAUGAGUUUAGAACGCGUGAGAGACCUGAUAUAAUUGAGAAAUCAGACAUGGUGGUUGGAUCUCGGUUGUCUUUAGUUUCCAUAGAAAAUGAGUCCAGAGUUUCCAAAUCACAUGUUACAGUUGAAAAAUUAAAUACAGAAACUGAAUCUCAGUUGCCUUGGAUCUCCAAAGAAAAAGAGUCAAGAAUGUUGGAGUCAGAAUUUUCAAUUGACAAAUCUAACAGAGUGGCGGAAACAGAGUUGUCGUUUACUUCCAAAGAAAAUGCAUCUAGAGAUUCCGACUUGCAAAUUAUUAUUACAAAUCAAGAAGGAAAAUCAAGAGUUCCUGAGGCACAAAAUUCAAGCAUGGUUGCCAAAGUCCAGACUAGCUUGUCUCUAACCACCAAGGGAAAUGAAUCAAGAGGUGCCGUGAUGCCAUUUGGAAAACCAGAUGUGGUUGUUGAACCUCAAGUGCCCAAUAUUUUCAAAGAAAAUGAGUCAAGUGAUAAAUCGGAAGGUGAUGCAGGUGAAAGCAAAGAAAGAUUUGGGGAUAGACUUUGGGGUUUUCUGUUUGAGAAUCUUAACAAGUCCGUAGAUGAACUUUAUCUUCUUUGCGGGCUAGAGUGUGACAUAGAUCAGAUGAAAGAGGCUGUCCUUGUUCUUGAAGAGGCUGCAUAUGAUUUUAAUGAAUUAACUGCAUGGGUUCAGGAGUUUGACAAAGUGAAAAGGUCUUCUCAAUCAGUAGAUAGUGCAAUGAGUGAUUUAAGAUUUGAUCACCGUAGGCCUCAUGCUCUCUCAUGGGAGGUCAGGAGAAUGGCAACUUCCUCUCACAGAGUUGAUAUACUACCUUCAUCACUAGAGGCAUUUAAAAAAAUUCACCAAGAGAGAGCUGAUAUACUUACAACCAAUACUUCAAAGAACCCGGCGCUUGGAGGCUCUAGUCAUCAUCAUGUUGCAGCAGCUGAGCGACAAAAACCAGUGGUGAAUAGUUUAAAGGAAUCCCAUGUUGGAGAUUCCGUAAUAAGAGUAGAACAAAGUAGAUGCUUGGAUGUUAAGAAGCAGAAUGGUGAUGACCAAUUGAAUAGGGAGUCAGCAAGUUGCAGCAAAGUCAAUUUCAUACAGAAUGGUUAUGACCAUUUGAAAUCCUUUUCUGGUCUCGACUCACAUCAGGUAAUGCACAAGCUGGACAUUUCCGCCACUCUAGAGGCAAGAAAGACCAAAAGAGUUCAUAAGGUGGAGAAGGUAGAAGCUAAUGAUCACCCAAAGAACCACACACAUCCUUCUGAAAAUGAUAAAGACAGGAGGAACUCUAUGACAUUUAAGUCCAUGGAUGCUUGGAAAGAAAAGAGAAGAUGGGCAGAAAGAAUUCCAUCUCCAGGUACAAACAGAAGGAAAAGUGCUGAGAGAGCACGGGUUUUACCCGACAGACUGAUGUCACCAGAAAAGAAGAAGAGAACCGCCAUUGACUGGAAGAAAGAAGCAGAAGAGAAGCAUGAAAGGGCCAGAAGGAUAAGAAAUGAGUUGGAGAAUGAACGUAUUCAGAAGCUACAACGCUCCUCGGAGAAGCUCAAUCGUGUGAAUGAAUGGCAGGCCGCACAUAGCAUAAAGCUGCAAGAGGAAAUGCAUGCUCGCCGCCAAACUAGUGAAUCUAGGCAUGAAGCUUAUCUAGCACAAGUUGCAAGGAGAGCUGGUGACGAAAGUAGUAAAGUCAAUGAAGUUCGGUUGAUCACAUCUCUAAAUGAAGAGAAUAAGAAGAUCAAGUUGCGUCAAAAGCUUCAUGAUUCGGAGGUGAGGAGAGCUGAGAAGGUUCAGGUAAGAAAAUCUAAACAAAAAGAGGGCAUGGCUCGAGAGGAAGCUGUUUUAGAACGGAGAAAGCUUAUUGAAGCUGAGAAAGUACAGCGUCUGGCUGACACGCAAAGGAGAAAGGAAGAAGCUCGGGUUAGAAGGGAAGAGGAGCGAAAAGCGUUAAGUGCAGUACGUGAAGCGAGAAUAGUGGAGCAACUCAGAAAGCGAGAAGAAAGAGUAAAAGCACAACAAGAGGAAACUGAAAUGUUGGCUCGGAAAUUAGCUGAGAGAUUGAAAGAAAGUGAGCAGCGUCGUAAGUUUCACCUGGACCAAAUACGGGAGAGGGCUUCAAUGGAUUUCAGGGAUCAAUCUUCACCAUUGCCGAGACGACCUGUGAGUAGAGAUGGCCAAGAAAGGAGUAGCUCAUCAACAAAUAGUGGUGAAGAUUCUGAAGAGCGUGAUCCCACUUUAGGCCCACGUGGUCAUGCUCUUGAUCCUGGAAACACAAUGCAACAAGAUUUGCUCAAGAGACAUAUUAAGAAGAUCCGUCAGAGGCUAAUGGCUCAGAAAUAUGAGUUUAUUGAGCCGCUGAUUGGUUGUGAAAAUUCUAGUUUUGGAUAUAGGACAGCCCUAGGAACUGCAAGGGCAAAACUUGGGCGGUGGAUUCAAGAACUUCAAAGACUCCGUCAAGCAAGAAAAGAAGGGGCCUCAAGUAUAGGUCUAACUAUUGCUGAUAUGAUCAAGUUUAUUGAAGGUCGGGACCCUGAGCUGCAGGCUUCUCGACAAGCUGGUCUGCUUGAUUUUAUUGCUUCAGCUCUCCCUGCAUCUCAUACUUCAAAACCUGAAGCUUGUCGAGUCACAGUGCACCUCUUAAAACUUUUGAGGGAAAUGGUUGUGAAACAAUUGGACAUCAUUGAUGAAGAACAGAAGAGUAACAACUUAGUUAGCAUGAAUCAGGCUACAACUGAUCUUCUUUCUGCAAUAUCCGAAACUGGGCUAGUCAGUCUUCCUUCUUUGUUUACAUCUGUUCUGUUACAGACUAGCAAUCGACCAUUCUCUGAACAGGGCUCCUAUGUCCUUCCAUCUAAUUUUGAAGAGGUGGCAACUGGUGUGCUCAAGGUUCUAAAUAAUUUGGCUCUUGUGGAUAUUUCUUUCAUACAGAGAAUGCUGGCAAUGCCCGACCUGAAAAUGGAAUUUUUCCACUUGAUGAGCUUCCUUCUAUCUCAUUGUACCAGCAAAUGGAGAGGAGCUACAGACCAGAUCGGCUUGCUGCUUCUGGAAUCUCUAUUGCUUAUAGGUUAUUUUGCCUUGUUUCAUCCGGAAAAUCAAGCCGUCCUUCGCUGGGGUAAAAGUCCAACUAUACUUCAUAAGGUAUGUGAUCUGCCAUUUGCAUUCUUCAGUGACCCUGAGUUGAUGCCGGUUUUAGCUGGUACACUGGUUGCUGCCUGCUAUGGGUGUCAGCAGAACAAGAGCCUGGUGCAACAAGAAAUGUGUGUCGAUAUGCUACUUUCCUUGAUCAGGUCGUGCAACGGCAAACCCAAUGCAACGACUGACAACCACCCACCGGCCGAGGAUUGUAGCGAAAGUAGUAAUCACGAUUUCAAAAGUUCACCAGGGGGUUAUGAUAACCCACUAAAAUCCAGUCGUAACCAUGUUGUUAGACCGAGACCGAGCAGGUAUUCUCUAGGGGGGAGAAGUAGUGUUGUUUCUGCAAGCAGCAUAAGGACCGGGAAGCUGAGGAGAGCAGGAAAGACAGGUGAAGAAAUGGGGUUGAAGCCGCAAAGUUUAGGAGCUCCUCCUGAAGCUUCCACAAUGUUGCAUUGCAGAUUCUCGACUGCCUUCAUUAACAAGGCAGAGGAUUUCUUUACUUCAGCGGAUGAAAAUGUUUGAUGUUUAACAAGGAAAAAAAGCAUAAUAUACGGUAUAUGUUGCUUCAACGGAUGCAUAUGGUUAACUGCACAAACAACAACAACUUUUCCUUUACUAAACAAAAGUAGACGGGGAAGCUUGAGAUGGCAAAGCGUGGGAGCAUAUGCGGUUGAGAAAAUAAGCUAGUCUUCCCUUUCAGAGCCUCAAUGGAAUAUGAAGGAUUCUCUGCCCUUGGACUGAGAUGAACAUGCAUCUAUGUUCUAGAGCUGCUGCGGUGUUGUUGUGUCAUGACAGCAAAGCAAAGAGCUGCAAUUUUGUAGAGCAAUUUACCAAGGUUGAUAUAAUAGGAAGCUGAGAUAGCCAAGAGCAAGUACAUUGUAACACGACUUUUCAGUAAGUGGAAAAUGGAAAUGGG